AAACCGCGGAGAGGCAGCAAGCAGGUUUUGUGCUCUGAGUCAGAAGCAGGCUGAGAAGAUGCAGCCCUCAAAGCACGAACCCAAGAUGGGGAAGGGAAUCUGUGCGAGGGGGAUAUUUCCGGUGUGAAGUUCAGAGCCUGGGGGGACCCUCUGCUGCCAGCACUUUUGGUGAGUCUGCAGGUCAGCUGCUAGUUUUGGUGCAAUCAUGGGAGAAGGGAGAUUGCUGCCUUUCACCACUGCUACCCCGAGCCAGCUCAUCCUUCUAGCUAUUUCUGUCUAUGCUUAUCUAUAGCAUCAUCCCCCUUGUGCCUGUGUACCUGCCAAGCAUUCAAAACAGGCACUGCUGUGGCAGCCUCCUUUCUCUCCAGCCUGGAGGAUAAAUGACUGGAUGGCUUUUUUUUAAUUGUUUCUCUGCAUCAAGAAUUUACAGUGGGAAAGCUAAGCUGGAGAAAUGCUUUCAGGAGUGGGUGGCCAGCCUGGCAGAUCCCUGCUUGUUCUUAGCCCCUAGGGAGGUCCUGUAGCCUGGCCCUAGCCGGGUUCACUCACUGCCCUGGACGUUGGUGCUCCCUUUGAAAGCAAUGGUUUCCUGGAGUGAGAUGUGGUCUUGGGUAAAAACAGACAAAAUUUGGAUGCAAGAGAGAAGACCUGAAUCUGACUUGCCUGCAAGGGGAUCCAGAACAGAAAGCUGAGUGCUUGGGUUGACUGGAUUAGCUGGCUGUCAUUCAGAAGGAACUCGGCAGAUCUAUUUUGCAUUCGCCAAACCUCUUUACUGCACAUCAUAAAGAUUUCCUGGGUCCAGAAGCUGCACAAAAGACAACUGAGCAGCACAAAAAUGUGACUCUGACAAGAGACUUCAAGCCUUCUGACAAUGAAUUUUCUACCGAUCAGUUUCUAGUUUAAAUACAUAACUGAAGCAUGCAUAGUAGUUAACCUGAUAGAGAAAAAAGAACUUUCUUAUUAAUUAGGACUACCAAAAAACAGCAAUCACGUGAAGCUUCAAAAUGAGUGGUCCAUUAAUUCCAAACAAGUCAUGUUAUGCCCAGCUUCAGGACAACCACAGCGAAAUAAGAAAUAAUAAUGAAAGCUUAGUGAGUGUGGGGGAUACUAAUGCCAACCAAAUUGUAUCGAAAGUUAGAAUUAUUGAUGAGGAUGUUAAGAAACACAAUUUGACAGAUGAAAGUGGGAAUAUAUAUUCUGGAGGAACAGAGAAAAUUACUCAUCUGCAUACAGAGCAGAAUAAACUUCUAACCUUCAAAGACUCACGGACCUGUCACACCAGUGUACAGGAAAGUAAGCUGCCCUCCACCGCAAGCAAGGAAAUGGGAAAAGACUGUAGGACCAGCGAAGUUAAGGAUAUAUCAAGGCAUAUCAGGAUUAGCCGAGGACAAAGUCUGUCCAAUUUAAAAAGUAACACAAAUGAUGCCAACCUGGAGGUUAUUUCCAAAGGUGAUGUUGACUUCCCCCAGAACUUUUCUAAGGGAAAAAUGCCCAGGACUGUGGAGGUGGAGAGAAUAAAAAGGCUCUCCUUGGGAAGACCAAGUAAAUUCUCUCCUCAGCCUGAAACAUUUACAAAAGAUUGCACUGGCCGUGUGUCAUGUAAACGUCUGCUUUCUGCAUCAUUGGACUCCAUCGACACAUCUCACCAUUUGAUAGGAAAUACAGAGAAAUCACAGAAAACAUCCACGGAUCAUUUUCUUGGGAUGAUGUUUCAUCCACUUGACAAUACCUCAGAGAAAAAUACUGUAUUUUAUUCCAAACCAUCUACCUCAGGGAACAAGAAAAUAAAUAAACUAGAAAAUGUACCAAAUGUUAACAUUGAAAGCACACUGCAUACAUCUCAUUCUCAACAUUCAGCUGUUAAGCUCAAUGAGAUUGUUUGUAAAUCAGAAGCACAAUUAGGUCAGGGUGAUAAAAGUAAAAAACUGGAGCUUAAAACUGCACCAUCUUCACAAUAUAAAAAUACAUGUCCACAAAAGAUAGAGAAAAUUAUGCUGGUAGAGUUCCUGAGGUGUCAAAGAGAUGAAAAUACUGCAGUGCAGGAACUGAAAAGCUCUGAGUCUGACACAUCAAAAUUUCAAGCAUGUCAUUUUGAAGACACCCAUAAUAAAGUAGAGGACCCAUUGUCAAGCCAGGUGGUAACUUAUCCUGAUGACAAAUUGCAAAGUGGUAAUGUCACUAUCAGUGGGAAAGGGAGAGGAAGCAAUGACAGUGACAACAGGGCAAUUAGCCAGGUUGGUGAGGAAUAUUUUACUGAUGGAGAAGUGGAAACAAUAUUUCCACUCACCUGUGGUAGUAAAUCCAGCGUCAAAGUGACACCUAGAAAAAAUGAAAAUUUGCAUGAAGUUGACACAGGUUGCGCUGAAACAGUUGGUGAACAAAUAUCUCUUAUACAUAAUAUUAAUCCACCUGACAGCAAAGCCUUGAAAGUUAAUGAGAAUAAACUGAUGCUAGUCAAAGAAAGUACUGAGGAUGCUGUUGUGCCUGCUUCUGAUCUCUCUGAUCAUCACAGAGCGUGCAGUGCAGAGACAGUGUCAAACCAACAACCUGACAGCCACAACAGUGAUGUGGAAACCUCAAGUGCUUCAGUUUCAAGGAAAAAAGCAGCUAAUGCACAGAAACAUCCUCCAGAGGAAGUACCAGAGAGCUGUAAUGCUUCAACAAAGGCUGAUGUCUUUUUAUGUGUCCCAACUCCCGUGCGCCCAGUGGCAACGCUGGAUGUUAAUGGUCAGCCCACGCUAUCAAACAGUAAUCUGAAGGACCUUUAUGCCCUUCAUGAUGACAAACUGUCAGUCCUACCUCCCAUUGACAGCACACAGUUGUUAAAUAUAUCCCCUAAAGUGCCUAUCAAGACUGCUUGCAGCAGCGCCAUCCCAAAACCUAUCCUAGUCCACCCCAAGGGCUCGCCCACAGAUAAGGUGGGUGCAGACAGUGACUGCAGUGAAAAGCUGGAAGAAAAUGUCGAGAUGAAACCUGCCAUACCCCGGCCCAAACCUGUGAGACCUAAAAUCAUCACAUACAUUAGGAGAAACCCUCGUUCGAUAGAGCAGCUUGACCCCUUGUUUGCACCGGCAGGGCUGCCCUUCAGUAGCCCAGCAUGCAGCAUGCCCAUCUCGACGGAACAGAAGGCAUCCAACGGAGGGGAGGCAAAGCCCACCAGCAUCCUGUAUGACAAAUUUAAACCUGACCUCCAGAAGCCAAGACUCUUUGGUUCUGGACUAGUGGUGUCAGGAAUUAGGCCCCCGGGUCAUCACUUUGGUCCAAUGAGUGAGAAGUUUCUGCAGGAGGUUGGGGAAAGGCCUGCGAAAGAUGAAUUUUGCCCUCCACAAUAUACUCACUAUGAGGUCCCACCAAGUUUUUAUCGAUCUGCCAUGAUACUCAAGCCACAGUUAGGACUGGGUGCAGUGUCCAGGUUACCAUCAGCAAAGAGCAGGAUUCUCAUUGCGAGUCAAAGAUCCUCAGGUAGCUGUCUCCAUCAGCAAGGAGAAAUAACAAAUACUCCCAACAUCUAUCAUCCUGAUGCUUCAGUGGAUCUUAAGAAAGGAUCAUGUCCAAGUGCUGCAAAAUCAAAUCUUCCCAAGCCCUGCCAGUCUGGACUUCGUCCUCCAGGUUAUUCCCGGUUGCCAGCAGCAAAGCUGGCUGCAUUUGGUUUUGUUAGGAGCUCAAGCGUAUCCUCUGUCUCCAGCAACCAGUCAAACGACAGUGCCCAGAGUGAUCAAAGCAGGACAACUAACCGUUCCAGCUUUGGAAAUGAAGAGCAAGCCACCCCUAAGGCAUCUGCACCUUCUAAAGAUGUUCCCAAGGGCAGCAGCAAGAGCACGACACAGGUAUCAAGCGGCACAGUGACUCCACGCAGGACCUUACUUCUAGCACCAAAAACUGCCACAGCAUCUGCUGGUGUGAAGAAAGAAGUACAAAAAGAUCAGGAUGCUAACAGACCAGCUGUGUCAUCCCCUAAGAAAUCAGCAGUAACAGCCACAAAGCUCCAUUCACCAGGACAUCCCAAGCAAAGGCCAACCACCCCAAAGAAUGGGUUUUCCCCCAAACCAGGAGAAGGCCGAGACACUGAAAAGCAGUUCAUUCAGAGACUGAAGGAAAAAUGUGAUGAGCAGUCCCGGCAACUAAUUAAUAUUCAAGAUGAGCUUAAAAGGGCCAGCUGUGGCUUUGAUGUCUUUGCUAUAACAACACAGUACUUUUUCAGGCAGAAUGAAAAUGCCCUUGUGAAAAUAAAGGAGUUAGGAGUCGAGCUUGCAAAGAUCAGGGAUGAAGUUGCCCUCAACACAGCAAGAUGGAAGAAACUACUGAGCGAGAAGGAGGAGCUGGAGAGGCGCUUCGAGGAGGAGGGGAAGCAGCUCCGCAGGCAGCAGGAGGAGGAGAUGCAGGCACUGGAGCAGCGGCUGCAGGAGGAGUACAGUGUUAAGAGGGAGAGCCUGCAGGAGCAGCACAGGCUGCAGCUGGAGCAAGCCAAAUUGCAGCAUCAGGAUCAGGUGGAAGAUAUCACAGCUGUACAUGAAGCUGCAAUGUUACAGUUGGAAAAUAACCACAUAGUUGCCAUUACGGUACUACAGGAUGAGAAUGACUGCAAGAUUCAAGAACUGAAUACUGCUCACAAACUGGAAAAGGCACAACUAGAAGAGACUUUCGAAAAACUGCGGCUGUCACUCCAGGACCAGAUAGACACCCUCACGUUCCAGAAUCAAUCUCUUAAGGCCAAAGCAGACCGAUUUGAAGAGGCUCUGAAGAAAAACACUGAGGAACAACUGAAGAUUGUGCGAGCUCCAUAUCUGCACUUAGAAAAAGAUUUGAAGAGCUUAAAACAUGUUCUUGAAAUGAAGAACUUCCAGAUUCACCAACAGGAGAAGAUGAUUAUGGAACUGGAAAAACAGGUUGAAAAAAAUUUAAAACUGGAAGAAAAAAUCACCAUGCUGCAACAGCAGAACGAAGAACUCAGAGCCAGGAUUGAGCAAAAUACUGUCAUAACAAGGCAAUUGUCAGAGGAGAAUGCUAAUCUUCAAGAGUAUGUUGAGAAAGAAGUGGAGGAGAAGAAGAAGCUCAGCAGGACUAACGAAGAGCUCCUCUGGAAGCUGCAGGAGGGAGAUGCCGUAAGCCCUGUCAAACUCCCACCUGCAUCGUCCACUUCUUUUUAUCACUGCUCAUCAGAGAACUCCUCUCCAGCAAAAGUCAGAACCUUGCGGCGAUGAAUCAGCAGCUGUGUGCCGGAGGUUCUCUGCCUUUUAUGCAUUUCCAAUCUGCAAAAUGUUACCCUCCAAGGAAGUAUUACCAUCAACAGGCGCCCAGCGUUCAUGGCUGCAAGCAUGUUUGGUAGCUGCAUAGCUUUACACUAGGCAGGGUACUCUUACAGUCCCCAUAUAGAAAUUCUUGGUUCUGACAUGUUGAUUAAGGUAGCAAAAAAGAUAGCAAAAAGCUAGAACAGCAGAAAGUUAGGAUAGCAAAAAAUUUAGUUUGAUGUGUGAACAUUAUAAGUAUGGUUAGAGCCAAAAGUUGGAAAAUGCUCUAAUAAUGGUUCAUCAGAAUGAACUUUUGCUGCAGUAUUUCAGGUUAGUUACAAAUACAGUUCAAGUUGUGAAUAUUUCUGUAUAUGUGUCUGUGUUUAUAUACAUGUACGUAUUGUACCUUUAUACCUAUAUAUAGACGCACACACAUAUAUAUGUAGUUGCAGAUGUUCUGAAUUGCAUUUUUUAUAUUAUUGGAUACUACUAAGUGCUGAUAUAUUUUCAUUACAGUCAGCAGUUUUCUAACUCGUGCCUAAGACUUGUAUCUAAACAAAAUGCAUUUCUGUUUAGACUCCCAGGAAUAUUUAUACCCAAACUAGAAGAAAGUUACACAGAAGUAGAAGCGCCUUCCAAAUGACCACCAAGUGGUACUCUAUGUAACAUGAACACCAGCGAAUUUGAAAUUCUGAGACAGUACUGCCUUUGAAACCAUCACCUUUGCUUUGAAUACCAGAUAAGAUAUGCAUACCAUCCACUGCUUUUUAACUCUUACCAUUGAUAUUGUAAGUGGAGAUAGGCUAGAGAUGAGAAACCUGAGGGGUUUAGCAAAUUUGGUAGAGGUUACUGGUUAGCGUUGUUCAAUUUUAGUGUAUUUAAAUCCUAGUCAGAUCUUAUCUUGAUUUACCUUGGCCUGAUUUGGAUACAAUCAGAAUCUCUGGUUGUAGGUUCCUGUCCAUUUUGCUUUAUUUCAAGUCCCAUAAGCAAGAAGGAGAAAAAAAGUUGUUCAUCCUUGACCUGUGCUGGGUGACAGGUUUCCAAUAUUAGGAUGAGACACUGGGCUCUAGCUAGGGCUAGGGCUCUAGCCUCCUUCCACCUGACAUGCCAAAUAGAGCACAGCCAACUACACAGGCGCAAAUGAGGUCAGAAUUACUUUCCUUCCACAUAUCUAUAUUAUUUCACAUUGCUAAAGCUUACCUAAAGUUACAGAGCACUUUGAAGAUUCAUGGAAAUGAGUGGCUAAACUAACUUUAACUUUCCCAUCUAGAAGCAAAAAUGUUCACCCAGGCUUCGAGUGACCCCCCACCCGAGAGAGUGGUGGGGCUGAGAAGUGGCUGUGGUGGGACAGUCUGCAGGGCCCACAUGGGCACUUCUAGCAAGAAAAAAAUAUCCCUGAGCAUAAUUUCAAAAACAAAGAGAUCUGUGGGAUGCUUUUCUACCCAGCUUAGGGCAAAGAGCCUGCAUGCAGGCCUGCUUUGUGCACUGGGGUCAAAGUAAGCAGGGAGACAGUAUAUGAAGCAAACCCCCGGGGUGCAGGAGUGCUGUGGGGAGGGUGGCUCUCCCACCUGGGUGUGUGUGGCACCAGCACGCCCUGCACCUACAGGGAUGAGAUUGCACUGCCCUGCAAACUGCUUGAGUGGGAGCUAUGCUUCAGCUUUCCUGGGAAAUACUCAGGAUUCACAGACUGCAGCUUAGAUACAGCUUCAACCACCAUCAAAGCACCUGUGGCCUGUUCCACAGUGUUAAAAAAAAAACGUGAUUUUUUUUUCUCCUUUUUAGAGAAAUUUAUUUUUGUAGCAGCUUUUGCAUGAUACUGUGAUACUGAGUAAAUUGAGCAUCUUGUUAGAAUAGAUCAUGCCACACCAGCUACUGCUGUUGAAAUGCAUUACUAGAUUUUAGUGUGUCCAGCAAAUACAACCUGAAAGUAAGAUAGAUACCUAGCACAUACAUGCACACAAAGCCCCUUCUUGCCAAGUACAACUUUAAUCACUUUGAUACUUAAUAACUGCACAGACACCUGCAAUACCUACUGCAUUGUCGUUUUCAUCCCAUCAAUACAAUUCAGGUAAAAUGAGAUCAUAGGAGCAUAGGAUGAUUUGAGUUAAAAGGAAUCUUUAAGAUCAUCUGGUCCAAGCACCCUGCCAUGCACAGGGACAUCUUCCACUAGAUCAGGUUGCUCAGAGCUUCAUCCAACCUGGCCUUGAACAGUACCAGAGACAGGGGACAUCCACAACUUCUCUGGACAACCUGUUCCAGUGUCCUACCACUGUCAUUGUAAGAAAAUCUCUUCCUUAUGUCCAAUCUGAACCUAUCCUUUUCCAUUCUAAAACUGUUGUCCCUUGUACUGUCACUAGAGGCCCUGGUAAAAAGUCCAUCCCCAUCUUUCUUACAGGCCCCCUUUAGAUACUGGAAGGUGUUACAAGAUCUCCCUGGAGCCUUAUCUUCUCCAAGCUGAACAAUCCCAGCU